CCCCGCUCGACAGCUCAACACCCGAGAACAGCAGACCAGCGUAGAUUGAUCUACAGCCAUGAACACCCCAGAAGGACAGAUGGCGCUUCUCAAGCUUUGGGCUACUGACACCAAUCUCAGCUUCGAUGCCGGAAAUCAACCCAAGGUCGAGUUCGCUCGCCUAGCGAAGGUGAAGGGAUGGGUUGGCGGCGACGCGACGUGGUGUUUGCACUGGAACGCGUGUUUCGGGGAGAUCUACAAUUAUGGCGCUCGUCGUACGCUGCCUACUCCUGCCGUCGCUCCGGACCUAAUUGACUGUAUGCGUCGCCUAUCCAUCGACUCAAGCGCGUCGUCCUUCUCGGUCAUCUCUUCGCCCUCAAGCGUGCAGUCUCUCGAUUCUGUUGGGUCGAUUAUUGGCGGUGUAGCUGUCCUGGGACUCGCGAACUCCGACCGCGGCGAUCGACAGGUCAAUGCAUCCACUGCUUCUGCUCCAGUUUCAGGCAAAGACUCCAAGGCCAACACUAGGAAGGCUAGAACUAAGCCUGCCACCGCUAAGCCUACGCCCUCUACGCCAAAGGCUAGCCCAUUCUGGUAUCAGUUCCCCGGUUUCGUGCCCAUAGCGAGUGCUAAUUUCAAGGACGAAUUUGCUCGCCUUGCAAAGCACCAGUCCUGGGGUGCCAAGGUGAAACGUAAGCAUCAGAUUGAGGCCCUCACGCAAGAAUCUGCGUUCCAUUAUGGAACGUGUAUGGAAAAGUUAGAUCGCUGGCAGGACCUGUGCAAAGAGGUUGGUAUCGAGAAAGUCCCGACCUCCAUUACGCAGUGCAAGAAGGCCCUGAAGUCUAUCUUCGUGAACCUCUUCAAUCUCAUCGACCAUAGGCGCAAUCCUGAGGUCCAGAUUGUGCACUUCAAGUCGUAUGGCGCGUUCUCACGAAAUAUCCGCAACGGCAACCAGUUUCCCAGGGAGUGCGCGAAGCAAGAUGGAUUCAUCAAGGUCUUGCUGAAGAAGUUGUAGGAGGCUGAUUUUGGUCAGGUUUCUGCUCUACGAAUAAUCGAUAGGGCUAUUUGAAUGCUUUUCUGCAUAUCAAUGUCUCAAAUGUGGCGUUAAAGAGUUGGGCAAUCAGAGUCCUCCUGCGGAUAUGGGUAUGUUUGGAUUGCUUCAGACACUAUGGAG